AUGACUGCCCUACCAAUCCAAACCAAGAACGUUGUACUCGGCGACUCCUCUGCUAAGCCGGGUCUUUCUACGUGGUAUGAUAUUCACAUUGAGGAUCGCACUAUCAAUCAAGUGAAGCCACACGAGGCUGUUCUUAAAGUAAACGCUGUGGGAUUCAACCACCGCGACAAAUGGAUCCGCAACGGCCUCUACCCGGAGACAGAAGGUGGUCAAACAAUGGGAUCGGAUGCAGCUGGUGUGGUUAUAGCCGAUGGGGAAGGCGAGAAGAGUGCUCUAAUCGGACAGCGCUACUUCAUCAACCCAUCCCGCGGCUGGUUCUCCAACAAGAAACACAGCGAGGAGCGCUUCAUUCUGCCUGGCGGUUGCAAAGAUGCAGACGGAGUGUUUGCGACGGCUGUGAAGGUCGACAAGAAAUACCUCAUCCCAACUCCCGCCCACCUCACCGACGAGCAGGCAGCUGCUUGGCCAUUGGCCGCCGUCACCGCGUGGAGGGCGACAUUCGUCAAAGCUGAGGUCGAGAAAGGUGACAAUGUCCUCAUUACAGGUAUUGGCGGUGGAGUUGCGUUGCAGGCCUUGCAAUUCGCAGUCGCCAAGGGCGCAAACGCUUACGUCACCUCGAGCUCCCCCGAUAAGCUGACGAGAGCCGUGAAGGAAUUCGGAGCGAAAGGCGGCGCUAAUUACAAAGAUGCAGAUUGGCCAGCUCAGUUGAAAAAACAGAUGCCUGCUGAACACGCCUAUCUCGACGCUGUUGUCGAUUCCGCUGGUGGUGAUAUAGUCGCUAAAGUCAACCCCAUCCUCCAGCCUGGCUCGUCUAUCGCCAUCUACGGCAUGGCUGCUAGCUCUCCCAAAACCACUAUCACCAUGAUGGACGUCAUCAAGAACUUUAACCUCAAAGGCAGCACUAUUGGAAGCUUGGAUGAGCUCAAGCAGGCAACCGAGUUUAUGUCAGCUCACAAACUCGUUCCAGUCGUCGACCACCCAGUCAUCAACGGUCUCGAGAAUGCUGAAGAGGGUUUCCAGAGACUCGCAAAUGGCUCGCAAAUGGGCAACGUCGUCAUUAAUGUCGGUAUGUCAUCCAAGUUAUAA